AUCAAGUGUCGUCUCAACUUCACCAUGCUACAGCUUUUAUCACUAAUUGCCGUCGGUUGGGCAGCUCAAGCCUCCGCAGCAUCGAUCACGUGCGAUGUCAACGCUUUUGAUAAAGCAUCAGGAGACAUUCUUCUCUAUGGCAACGGGCCGCGAGCGGCCAAUGAUCGCGCACAGCUCGAAGCCAAAUGUUUGAGUGAAAAGAAAUCGCUGAAGUUCGCUGAGAACUACGCCGAUCAGUGCGUCAACGGACUUGGCAAAGGCAUGUUGAAAAUCUUCAUCGAAGGCGCCGGAAACGAGAUUAACAAGCACUGUUCGAAUGGACCGAUGAAGGACAAAUACGUACGAAUUGCGCCUUGCAUAAACGAGAAAGCUGGGGGCGAUCUCUACAAAUGCAACAGGCUGCUCGCCGCUCUCCUCGAGGGUACGCUCACCCACCCGAAGAAGAAACGAGUCCCCCUCAGCUGUUGCUCUAUGAACGAAUAUGUCACCUGCGUGACCAAGCACGCCUCGAAAUGUGGCAAGGAAACCGCGGAUUUCGCCCGCGAGAUCAUAAACACCGUAGCUGGAGAUCUCCUGGAUACUGUUUGUACCAAGUACAAACCCAACUCCAAAGAAUGCAGGGCUCUUCCUAAAGUCAAUCCCGCGUCCGCUCCGAAAUACAAGAGCUUGCUGCCGCCGCUCGCCGAAGUCUUGGAUUCAUUGGGGUCCUGAUCACUCGACUAAAUUAAUUUAGAAUGAUCUUAACAUGGGACCAUAUGUAAAAAUCAUGUCGAAGUCGAAGACGGAACAUGGUCUGUAAACAAACAUGAAAACAUAAUGGGAAUAAAUAGUAUUUAAUUAUUA